GACGUUAAUUACUAUAUUGAGCACAAAAUAAAGCGGAUUUAGCUAAUUCGAAGUUAAGUAAACGGUGUCAUAUGGUUAAGCAGUGUAUAGAAAUCAAAUGACGCGAUUUAAGCCUGUUUAAAACAGCUCGGUUGUUAGCAUUGUUGCUAGCGCGAGCUGAUGUUGCCGUCUUGGGGUCUCGAGCUCGGCUAACUCGGUUUAGCUCAGGUUUUUCUAACGGCUCGGUGAUAUUAGCAGCAAACUUUAACCCAUUUUAGUUGCCAUUUAUAGCCUAUGUACAAGACACUAAGCAGUUACAAAGACAAAACAGUUUAAGUGGGUUAUAUAGGUAUCAAGUGGAGUUGUUUUUUUAUGAAACAACCAUCCCGUUAGUUAGCAGGUUGGCUAAUGCUAGUUAGAUGGCUACAUUAGCCUGGACAAAAGGAGCUGCUAGAAAAUGGAGGACAGGACAGCUGUGCUACAUGAAUAUAUUAGUAUGAUUUAGCAUUUACACAAACGUUCAGUUCUUUAUUCUCGACUUCUGUUUUUUACCUCGCAAACCUUUAAAAUCGUCGACUGACUGUCAAGUCUGAGAUCAGAUAGCCAGCAAGAUGAUGGACGCAAUGUCAGUAGUGACCCAGCUGAGGGAUCUGGCGUCUGAGCCUCAGAAUCGGGAGGCUAUAGCAAAAGACGAGGGCUGUUUACCUGGUCUUGUGUUGUUCCUAGACCACAAAGACCCUCAAGUAGUGUUUGCUGCUCUGCAGACCCUGAGAUACCUGGCAGAAUCAUCUGAAAACAUCUGCUCCAUGAGGAAUGAGCUAGGCAUGCUGGUGAGCCUGGAGAUUCUGAUGGAAAAGAGUGGACUGAGUACUGACAUCACAGAACUUGCUAAAGAGGUGUAUGAAGUACUGAGUGCUCCGGUGAGGAUGGAAACUCCUAGAACUCCUGUGCAACCGAUGAGGAGAAAUAAACCUCAAUUCUUCAUUAACAGUUCCAAUAAAAAGGCCAAAACAGUCACGCUGCAUAUACAGGGUUUGGACGGGACGGAUCAGCGAGGUGUGUGUGAAGAGGCUCUUCUGAAGGUUAAAGGAGUCAUCAGCUUCACUUUCCAGAUGGCUGUGAAGAGAUGCACCGUGCGUGUGCGGGCAGACCUGCCCACUGAGAGUCUGGCAUCAGCCAUUGCUGCCACUAAAGUGCUUUCAGCUCAGCAGGUGGUGAAGAAUGAGAGUGGAGAGGAGGUUCUUUUACCUCUCAGCACGACAGACACACACAUAGAGGAGAAUCACCACCUGCCAAAUUAUCUACCAGAAGACGAGAGUCCUGAGAAGGAGACAGACCGCGCCGUGUCCCGCACCGCUGCCAAACAGGAUUCCAGUGGGAGCUGGCUGAGCUCAGCGGCCAGCUUUCUUACCAAAACUUUCUACUGGUGAAGCUUUGGGCUUUAACGCAUGUAAAUUACUGUACCACACAAGGACCACAGAGAAAGAAAAGGACUCUUAUAAUGCAGUUUUCUGAGUGAACAAGCAUACUGCUUGAUGUCAGAUAUACAUUUUCACACCUUUUUUUUUUUUAUGUAACAUUUCAGAAAUGAUUUUUGUCUGUUGUGCCUCUUUUUGUAUUUGUAUAUGUUAUUUCUAUUUGACAGGUUAUCUUGACCUGUUGUGUAAAUACAUGCCUGUGGACUUAUUUUAAAUUCAUUUUUUUAAGUGUCUCAUUUCAAGACAAUAGUUAGUCCAAUAAUAAAAUGAUACAUUGACUGCAAUUAAAACAGAUUUUGGUUUAGGAUGUAAAAUCGCCCGAAUUUCUGAAAGUGGUUUGCUGUUUUUGUUGGUGCUGUUCCUGCAGUAAUCAGUACUCUGCACUGUACGGUUCUACAACCCAUCCAUUUUAAAUUGGUUGUUUUUUUGUUUUUGUUUUUUUUUUUGUUUUUUUU